CACGCUAGCGGCUAGUCACGUCUUUGAAGUUCUUCUAAGAAGUCAGUUGCAGCUUAUUCGAAGAGCGCAACGCGUUCUACCUGUAUGAUGGCCGAAGCUCUGGCUUACACGACCUCCGAUGUAGAAGAGGAGAAUGCAGAUGUAGGCGAAGAAUAUCCGGGUCCAUCUGCAGCGACAGGUGAAGUUCCUGGGGCGUUCGUUAACAUCAAUGGACUCGAUUACGAGUUGAUGGGUGACGGCAUGAUGCUGCGCCUGUGGAGUUAUGCGACCAAAAGUAGCGCUGGACUACAAAAGGGGCUCUGCGUCAGCGGCUCCACUAUGAAGCAGAUGGCACGCAGGAUCCGAGAAACUCCAGACCUCGGCCCUAGGAUCGUUCUAAUGAUUGGAACGAAUGAGUUCUUACGCUGUUCAGAAAAGCUGCCAAGUCUGAGCUUCUUGCAAGAGGAGUUUGGCUGUGUGUUGACGGCACUGCGGGAACAUCCUCGUGCGGGCUACAUUACACGCUGCAUCUUGCUGACGCUGCCACCGUUACCCAGGUUCGGGUACAAACAUCCCGUCCGAAGAGUCUGGAAAGACUUCAACCUUUAUAUUCUUGGACUACAAGGAGCGGCUGGUCCGGGCAGUAGCACGCUGGAUGUGAUGAAUACGGGGGCGCUGUUCUUCGAUGUGAAGCGUCGUAACUAUCGUUACGACCUAUUUGAACGCCACCACGAUGAUGAGCGCUGUGACCUCAUCCAUUGGAAUAGGACUGGCAUGAAAGUGGUAUUAGAGUACCUCGAGAACAGACUACAAUAAGACGCCUUUCGUUGUGUUGCUCUUAGAAUCGUAGAUGUACUUGAACAAAUUCAAAACUAUCGAACGGGAAUUCGUGAUGGUGAACCAUUAUAUUAUUUAACGAAGUUACUGUUACUAAAUGUGGACUGAACUUUUAUUUUUGCUCGCGGCGCAUUGCCACCAUGGCCGGCCAAGCUGAAAAAAUUUGAGCCUUUGAAGUUUGAAUUCACAAGUCACAAAAAUGAACACCAUGAAUUCUUUUUAUUCGUUAGUAAAAUAAAUUUUCCAACUCAGAAAAGUACAAGAAUCAGCGACAGGCUACAUCAGGCUUUUUCUUCAGAGCCGACAUCACUGACACAAUGAUAUGAAUGUUUGAUGAAGUUUCAUUAAAUACGCACGAACGUUAUGCGAUCAAGCAGUAAAAGCGGCGCUUAGCUUUCCUCCGCGUCUCUUUCCUAAUGUAUUUCUAUUAACUUUUUAUCGUCAUUUGAGCGUCUAUGUGCACAUUUGCUCUCAUUCUGUGGCUGCUCGUGGAGUUUGAAGUCUUUUGAUUGCCUAUUGGUUUUCCAAUACAUAAUAAUUAUUAGUAAGGUAUUUGAGUUUCUCUUAGACAAGCUUUCGAACUUCUUGAAAAUGUUCAGUAAAAAGAUCGCAAGGAACAUAUAUAAUUUACUGUUCGUAACUCCUCUCGUGCACUGAAAAAUAAAUAAUAUCACUUACUCAACGUUCAUAUGAUAGUAAAAUCAGAACAUAUUUCUCUCAAGGCUGGCUCCAAGUGUGCAACAGUGAAUGGCCGUUCAUGAAUGCAGAAAUGCAAUAUUUUUAAAAUUUUAAACUUUUCAUUCACUUCAAUCACUUGUUGGUUGUUUGAUUCUAAUGCGAAACUAGCCUCUUCCUGCCCAGACCGUCAACAAUUUUUGUAGGUUUUCAAAUUAAAUUCAACAUGCUACUAUCAUUUGUAAAGAAAGUCAACGAAAAAUGUCCUACAAGGCUGGGUUUGCUCACUGGAAUCGAAAAUUAACAUUUCUGACCAUACUAAUGACCGUCUUAUGGACUUUUAAUUCGGUCCGUUAAUUUUGUGCUUUAACGCUCCACGAAUUUAUCAAGUCUCAGCUACCGUGCAAUACAUGAGGCGGUAAUGAAGGGUCUACGCCUGCCAACGCUUGCGUUACUGUACAUUUUUUUUAUCCAGCGUACGAAGGUGAUGUGAAAGUGAAACGUCAUUGCGAGUGCAUUAAAGAUUUUCCUCGCUUGCCUUCAUGAUACAUACAUGAUAUGUUUACUUGACUUCUAUGUUAUGAAUUUUCUAUUGCUCUGAGAGAUUUAAUGCCAACUGGUGUACAUAUGAUGUUUCAUUUCGUGAUGCAACGAAAAUUCUUGUCAAGUUCAGAUGCUGCCCUUAUGUAAAGAUUUGAAUUGAACUAUAUUUUA